AUGUCGGCCCUCUCGAAGCGCCAGCAGGCGCGCAACGAGAAGAUCCUUCAGGAGUUGGUUCAGCUUCCCGGAAACAACUGCUGCGCGGAUUGUCAAGCACCCAAUCCAGCUUGGGCAUCAUGGAGCUUGGGUAUCUUCCUCUGCAUGCGAUGUGCUACUAUCCAUCGCAAGCUGGGCACCCAUAUCUCCAAGGUGAAAUCAUUGAGCAUGGAUAGCUGGAGCAACGAGCAGGUUGACAACAUGAAGAAGGUCGGCAAUAUCAUGUCAAACAAGCUGUACAACCCCGAGGGCAAGAAACCACCCGUUCCCAUCGACGCCGAAGAGAUGGACAGUGUGAUGGAGCGCUUCAUCCGCCAGAAGUAUGUCACUCGUACGCUGUCUACCAACAAAAAGGGUGAUAUCGACUUGGACGAGCGCCCUCCUCCUCUCCCACCGAAAACGCCCAGUCGAUUCGGCCUUCGCUCCGCCUCUUCGCUCUUCCCCCUUGGUGGGCGGUCCAAAAAGUCUAGUCAUGAGCCGACUAGCCCUCGCGAGGUUCCUCCUCGCCCACCGCCCCGUCCGAGAUCUCCUGGAGUGUUUGGUGCCAGAGUUGAUCGCGAUGAUCGCUCCGAGAAGGACGAUACUGAGCAGAAGUUGGCAAAGUUACGGGAUAUGGGAUUUACAGAUGAGAAGCGAAACGCCAUGGUUCUGAAAGGAGUCGGUGGCAAUUUGGAAAAGGCUGUCGAAGCUCUAAUCCGUCUUGGUGAAGGCAACUUAGCAGGCGGGAGAUCGGGAACUUCUCUCACAGGCCCGCCGCGGUCGGCUACUUUGCCAGUCACCAGGACUUUGACCCCCAGCGCACCAUCUAACGUCGUUUCGGAGCGCGCCCGGCCCAUCAGCCCAGCUAGCACGAAUCCUUUUGAUAUGCUCGACACUCCUCCGCCGCCGCAACCUCUGUCAACCCAGUCCACCGGCACUCUGCAGACGAAGAAUCCUUACCUGUCGACGAACCCAUUCGGUGUACCCCCACCGGCCCCGUCAGCUCUCGAUCAGGCCUUCCAGAAUCUGUCCCUCGCGCCGGCAUCCCAGCCUCUCUUCCCUCACCACACCGGAGGGAUGAUCCAUCCACAAAACACUGGAUCCCUGUACCAACCACCAUUGACGGCUCCUUUGACCGCGACGCUCCCGACAACAAGCCAGGGAUAUUCGGGAAUGAUGCCGAAUGGGAACCAGUCACUAUAUGCGCAGCAGUUGCAGCCGCAAAUUACUGGCUACAGUAACAACCCCUUCUUUGCAGCCCAGCAACCGCAACCGCAACCGCAGCCACAAUUAUCAGUGAACACGACGCCUUUUGGCAGCGGGAAUUACGGAAACAACCCAUUCACUCGGUCACCCACGCGUCUCCAAUCGCCGAGUCUCUCGCAAAUUCCGGAGCAAUCACAGCAAAACUACUUCACUGCAUCAUCGACACCUCAACCACAGCCGGCAUCAAACCCGUUUUUUGCGCAGGCGGCGACAACGCCCGGUGUCCAGCCACAGGCGCAACUGACCGGCCAGUUGCAACAGCCCGUCCAAGCUACGAUACAACUGCCGCAGCAGCAGGUGAUGGGCCUGGCUCCUCAGAUGACAGGAUACUAUUCACAACAACAGCCAAUGCAGCAGCAACCGCAGCAGCGGGUCGUUGACAAGGCGUCUAUCCUCGCCUUGUACAACUAUCCCCAGCUAGCUCCCCAGCCGGCAGGGCUGCAGGCUCAGAAUCAGCAGCAGCAACAGCCACAGCAACAGCCAUCACAACCCCAAGAUCAGCAGCAACACCAGCAGCAACCCCCCGCUAGUCCCCAGCCAGGAAGCAAAAACCCGUUUGCAGGUGCUGGUUCGGGAAAGAAUGCGUCAUCUGCCGCGUCACAGCCUUCUCAAGACCAGCCUGGAACCAUGAUGGCGACUCCACAGCCUAGGCGGUAUAAUGCUAGUAGGGAGAGCAUGAUGGCCUUGGGCAUGGAGUGGUCCAAUGGCAGGCAUAGUCCCGACGCGUUUGCGAGCUUGAGCGCGAGGGAUAGAUGA